AGCCAAUCAGAAUCCUUUAUGUCAUCAUUGCCUUUCUGUCCAUGAUCUUAAAAGCCCCGCGUUGCCAAAGUAAUGCGUUGUUCCGACGGAGAUUGUUGCACCUCUGCCUGAGCAAGUCGAACAUUUUAAUCAAAUCUCUUGAGGAAUCCGAUUGGGCAGAACUUUGUGAAAAGUCCCAAACACGCAAAUGCAUGCAAAUUCUCUUGCCAGCUGCAUUGAAUGAAAGGACUUUUUGUUGUAACCAAGAUCAACUCUUUGAAGGUGAAAUUAACAAGGAAUCAAAGCGGCCCACCACAACGCCGUGCAACAUGGAGUACACAUUUAGAGCCGUAACUCACACCCCUGGGAUUAUCAUCUGGAGAAUUGAGAAAAUGGAGCUUGUUCAAGUCCCCGAGAAGUCCUGCGGACAUUUUUAUGAGGGUGACUGCUACGUUGUUCUCUAUACCCAGAAGGUAAAAAACUCCCUCCACUAUGACAUCCACUUCUGGAUCGGCUCACAGUCCUCUCAAGAUGAGCAAGGUGCCGCUGCAGUUUACACCACCCAAUUGGAUGAUUAUUUGGGUUCCACACCGGUCCAGCACAGAGAAGUUCAGGAGCACGAGUCCGACGUGUUCAGGGGUUAUUUCAAGCAAGGAAUAAUCUACAAGAAAGGUGGAGUUGCGUCGGGCAUGAGGCACACUGAAAUCAACAGCUACGACGUACAGAGGCUGCUUCAUGUCAAAGGGAGGAAACGGGUGGUGGCCAAGGAGGUGGCACUGUGCUGGAAGAGCUUCAACCUCAGCGAUGUGUUUUUACUGGACACCGGGAAAACCAUCAUUCAGUGGAAUGGACCGAAGAGCAACAAGCAGGAAAGACUUAAAAGUAUGCUGUUGGCCAAAGACAUCCGAGACAGAGAACGAGGAGGUCGGGCGGAGAUCAAGGUGAUUGAAGGUGACCAGGAGGACAACUCCCCUGACAUCAUGGACAUGCUAAUUGGCGUCCUUGGGGAGAGGCGCAUCCAUCUGACGGACGGAUCUCCUGACGAAGGCCCUCACAAGGAACAAACGGGAAACCUCACUCUUUAUCAUGUGUCAGAUGCUGAAGGGCAGAUGAAGGUCGUAGAGGUUGCUCGCAGGCCACUGGUUCAGGAACUACUCAACAAUAAUGACUGCUACAUCCUGGACCAUGGUGGGUCAAAAGUGUUUGUGUGGAAGGGGAAGAAAGCGAAUAAAGCCGAGCGGCAGAUGGCCAUAAGCAGAUCUUUGGAGUUUAUCAAGGCAAAAAACUAUCCCGGCACAACAAAUGUGGAGGUGAUAAAUGACGGCGGCGAAUCGGCUCUCUUCAAGCAACUGUUCCAGACGUGGACAGUGAAGGACCAGACUCAAGGCCUGGGCAGAGUACACACAAUGGGGAAAGUUGCUAAUGUCAGACAGGAGAAAUUCGAUGUGUCUCUGAUGCACGAGAGGCCAGAGAUUGCUGCGCAAGAGAGGAUGGUGGACGAUGGCACAGGCCAAGUGGAGGUUUGGAGAAUUGAGAAUCUGGAGCUGGUGCCAGUGGACCCUCAACGUCACGGCUACUUCUACGGAGGGGACUGUUACUUGAUCCUAUAUACUUACCUGGUGAAAAACAAGCAAAGCUACUUGCUCUACAUAUGGCAGGGCCGCCAUGCCACACAGGAUGAACUGGCAGCGUCUGCGCUCCACGCCAUAGAUAUGGACCACAUGUACGGUGGGGCGCCGGUUCAAGUGAGGGUGACCAUGGGUAAAGAACCAAGACAUUUUUUGGCCAUUUUCAAAGGCAGAAUGGUCAUCUUUGAGGGGGGCUCCUCUAGAAAAGGAAUUUCGGAGCCAGAUCCAUCAGUGCGACUGUUCCAGGUUCAUGGUUAUGAGCCCGCCAAUACGAGAGCUAUUGAGGUUCCAGCGCUGGCUUCUUCUCUCAACUCCAAUGACGUUUUUUUGCUUAAGAGUCAGUGUGGACUGUACUUGUGGUGUGGAAAGGGAGCAAGUGGAGAUGAGAGGGACAUGGCAAAGGAGAUCAGCUCCGUGAUUGGACACAACUUGGAAGGACUCCAGAGCCAGAUUAUUGCAGAGGGACAUGAGCCUUUCGAAUUCUGGGAGACGCUCGGGGGACAGGUUCCCUAUGCCGAUGACAAGAGGCUGCAGCAGAUGGUUUUGGACCACGAGCCACGCCUUUUCGAAUGCUCCAACAAGUCGGGACGUUUCAAGGUGACCGAGGUGACCCAGUUUACACAGGACGACCUCAAUGAAGAUGAUGUCAUGUUACUAGACACGUGGGACCAGGUGUUUUUGUGGAUUGGCAAAGAGGCCAACAGAGUAGAACGCAAAGAGGCAGUGGUGAGCAGCCAGGAGUACCUGCGCACACACCCGGGUGGUAGAGAUCCAGACACCCCUAUCAUCCUGAUCAAGCAAGGGUUCGAGCCGCCCACCUUCACUGGCUGGUUCACUGCCUGGGACCCUUACAAAUGGAGUGAGGGGAAGAGCUAUGAGGAACUGAAGAAGGAGCUGGGAAACGCAACGAGCCCUGUUGAUGUUCUCAAUAUUUACAGCAGUGUUGAAAAUGAUGCAAGCUUUCAGUGUUUUCCGGCUGAGGUUUUGGUCAAAACGCUAGUAAGUGAGCUGCCUAGAAACGUGGACCCCACCCAGAAAGAGAGGUACCUCACAGACUCAGACUUCUGCCACAUUUUCGGAAUCACCAAAGACGAAUUUGCAAACCUGCCAAAAUGGAGACAACUCAACUUGAAAAAAGAAAAGGGGCUGUUUUGACCGAGAAAUAGAGAGAAAUCUUCAUCUCACUGCGCAACAACUCCAACUACUGAGUGCAUUGUAAUAAAAAAUAAUUAGACAAGUGACAUGUA